CCAGCCACGAACAUACGUAAGUGGCCCGAGUGGCAUAGCGAGCGCUGCACAUGCUCUCGGUGCCGUCGUGAGGUGGUUGGUCUGCAGCGUUUGCCACACAUCGGAAUUGCAGAUGUACGUAAAUGGAUUUCGGACCUGCUGGAAUUAUACAUAAGGUGCCAGCGCUCGCGACCGUCAGACUGGCUCAUUCACCCCCCACACCACCCACGAACUGCAUCUCGGCAACCAGUGCACAGCAACCAACUUCUGCUAUUCCAGGAGUGGCAUCGGCGCGAGCGUUCGUCCUUUCUCCGUUUGGCGCCAAAGCGUAAAGCACAACUGUAACUGCGCCAUGUCGACGCUGUCGAACCCAGGAAUAGCCGGCCGCGACCUGCUUGUCGGGCGGACGCUCGCAUGCACGGGCGCCUCACGGGGCAUAGGCCGUGCGAUCGUGCUCGCGGCCGCGGCGCAAGGCGCGACCGGUAUUUGCAUGCACUACCUCGGCGACGAGGAGACAGAGCGGGAAGCGUCGGCACUCCAGCAGGAAAUCGAAGGCAGGUGGGGAGACGGAGGGAGCGAGGGGCGAACGGGGGAAGCAGGAACGAAGGUUGUGCUUGUCAAAGGAGACAUUGGUCUUGAAGAGACAGGUCAAGCUAUCAUCGACACUGCGAUCCAGCGCUUUGGGCGGCUAGAUGUCUUCGUAUCCAACGCGGGCAUUUGCCAGUUCUCCAAGUUCCUCGACCUGACCCCAGAACUGUGGCACAAGACACAGCAGGUCAAUCUAAACGGCGCGUUCUACGCUCUCUCGGCGGCCGCGCGCGCCAUGUCGGCGCAGGCGCCACACCCGCAGUCAGGCACGCGUGGCUGUAUCGUCGCCGUCUCUUCCAUCUCGGCGCUCGUCGGCGGCGCAGAGCAGUGCCACUACACGCCAACGAAGGCAGCGCUCAAGAGCUUGAUCGAGAGCAUGGCAUGCAGCUUGGGCCCGCUCGGGAUCAGGUGCAACUGCGUCCUGCCGGGAACAAUCCGAACGGCCAUCAAUGAGGAGGACUUGAGCAAUGACGGAAAAAGGGAGUACAUGGAGAAGAGGACGCCGCUAGGAAGGCUGGGAAAUCCUGGGGACAUCGCUGGCGCGACCAUUUUUCUGGCGUCGGACCUGAGCCGGUAUAUGCAAGGAUCCAGUGUGCUUGUCGAUGGAGGCAUGUUUGUCAACUUGCAAUGAUAGGAACCCUACAAGGCAUAUUAUUUCUCAAUCUGACUCAAAGAGAAGACUAGCAAGAGCAAGAGAAAGAGCAUUGACACAAACAAUUGCAUUCCUGGUCAGCCUCGAAAAUGAGGAAUAAGAGGCCACAGGCUCUUCCGGUUAUGACCUGUGAGGUAGAUAUACACCAAAGAGGCCACGCGAGAGGCCUCUGUGCGCGAAUCCGACGUUCAUGUUGCCGCAUGCAGCAUGUCUGCACCCUAAAGGCAACGUAGCGCGCUCCUUCGGCGCCUGAAUACCACUAAAGCCUCAUCCUUACUACGCUUCUUCCAUCGGCGCAUUGAUGAUCCCCUGUUGUAUGGCGCCAAAAUGUUCCCGCCGAAAAGCCAAGGUCCUGGCGCUCAAGCGCCCAAGCCGUGACGGUCUUUGGGGAUUGUGCAGUA